GAACGACGCCUCGUAGCGGGCAAAAGUUGCAAAAUAUAAAACAAAGACCGUCUCUUCUCUAUAACGCAGUUCAUUUGCAAAGACACAAAAUGGCGCAAGGAAAGCUGAAGGUGAAAGCGUCGCUCCCCAAAAAAGCAAGACGACCAGCGGCCCAGUCCAAUCUGCGGGGCGUGUCGAAGUCUCGCAGUGGGCCUAAAAAAGCCAAAUCAGUCACGCCAAAGCAACAAGUCAAAGUGGCUCUCGAAAAAACGAUCCGUAAGAACAUCGAGCAGGAGCUCCGAUCGCGGGCCACCGGCGAAGGCAAGCCGUUCGCGACCACCACAGGGGCCACCCCGAGCAGCUCCACAGCCGGCAAGAAGAAACGUGGCAAGAAGGGCAAGAAAUAAAUGCGGCCGGCCUGCGGGUUGGCACGUGGUGCACGCACCAAAAGCG